UCUCCUCCUGCCCAAUGGCAGCCGCGAUCCUCAUGAGAGCGCAGAAGAGGCACUUUUCUGCCAUGCAGAAUCCCUAAAACCAUCAUCGCUCCGGCUCGGCUCGGAGAGCCCACAGCAGCGCGCGUUAAAGAGCCUCGGCUGCUGAGAGAUGUCAGAGCCAACCUCGGCGCACACACGGCCCUGCUGGGAGCUCGGAGCUGCGUAGGGAGCGCCGCGCAAGGAGAAUCUCCGGUGUCUCUCUGUUUCUCUCUCUUUCUCUCUCUCGAGCGGACAUAAAAGCGGGAAUAUAUAUAUUUUUAUUUUUUAUUAUUUUGCCUACUUGUAUCGGCGUCGUCUCACUCCUGUCCGAGCGCGGCCAUUCGCUCAAUGUCAUCAUGAUCAUCAUCUCGUCGCGCAGUGUACUGCUGUCAGUCUACUACCCGCAGAUCUUCCUGAUCCUGACGAGCGGAAGCUACCUGGCCCUGUCCUCGGUUGUGGCUCUGGGUGCCAACAUCAUCUGCAACAAGAUUCCGGGGCUGGCACCUCGCCAGCGGGCCAUCUGCCAGAGCCGCCCAGACGCCAUCAUUGUUGUGGGCGAAGGCGCCCAAAUGGGCAUCAAUGAGUGCCAGUACCAGUUCCGGUAUGGACGCUGGAACUGUUCGGCGCUCGGAGAGAGGACGGUCUUCGGUCAGGAGCUUCGAGUAGGCAGUCGGGAAGCAGCUUUCACCUAUGCCAUCACGGCGGCGGGGGUGGCCCACGCCAUCACGGCCGCCUGCAGCCAGGGCAACCUGAGCCAGUGCGGCUGCGACCGGGAGAAGCAGGGCUACUACAACCAGGAGGAAGGCUGGAAGUGGGGCGGCUGCUCGGCCGACAUCAAAUACGGCAUCGAGUUCUCGCGGCGCUUCGUGGACGCCCGGGAGAUCAAAAAGACGCCCCGCCGCCUGAUGAACUUGCACAACAAUGAGGCAGGCAGAAAGGUUUUGGAAGAAAGGAUGAAGCUGGAGUGCAAGUGCCACGGCGUUUCCGGCUCCUGCACCACCAAGACCUGCUGGACGACGCUCCCGAAGUUCCGCGAGAUCGGCUACAUCCUCAAGGAGAAGUACAACGACGCCGUGCACGUGGAGGUGGUGCGGGCCAGCCGGCUACGCCAGCCCACCCACCUCAAAGUGAAGCAGACUCAGGGCUACCGCAAGCCCAUGGAGACGGACCUCGUUUACAUCGAGAGGUCGCCCAACUACUGCGAGGAGGACGCGGCCACGGGGAGCGUGGGCACCCAGGGACGCCUGUGCAACCGCACGUCGCCGCACACGGACGGCUGCGACCUCAUGUGCUGCGGCCGCGGCUACAACACGCACCAGUACACCAAAGUGUGGCAGUGCAACUGUAAGUUCCAGUGGUGCUGCUUCGUCAAAUGCAACACGUGCAGCGAGAGGACGGAGGUUUUUACCUGCAAGUAAAAGGCCGCAAGGAAUGUCGUCAUCGGCGGGCGAAACGCCAAGGACUAGUUGAACAAAGACCCGACAGAGCGAGAUAUCCGCACGUCUUCGAGCAGUGAGAGAUUGUAUAGCUAAGCGAACGGGAUUUAACACUAUCAGCUCUUCGUGGCGUCGUUUUGCACAGCAGAAUCUUAUCUAAUUGCUUUCCAGAAAGUAAUUGCUAAGUAUCAGUAGAUCAUAGCCCAGAAUUUUGCUGUCAGAUAGGGAUUGUGCUCUUGUACUGAUGUAUCCACAGUGAAGUUGGGACCACCCGUAAGGAACCAGAAGGCCCUCGGAGGGGACAGGCUGCACGUUGCAGUCUGGUGGGGUUACGGGGGGCAGAAGGGAAGAGAAUACGCGCGUCGGUUUUUGGGAUGAACUCAGAGACGGACGGGAAUGACAAAAAAAAUGGCCACGGCUGAUCUGAGGUGACUGGGGGGGAAGAUCUGUCAAAUCUAUGAUUUAAAGAAAAAAAAAAGAAAAAAGAAAAAAAAAACUUUUAUAGGUCUUGUUGUAUCUCCGCUAAACGGGAGCUUAACUGAAUCUCGACCCGCACCCUCCCAGAUUGUCUGGGUCCGGUGUCAGAGGCCGAGAAAUGAAGAACAUUUUGUAAAAGCGUGGUGCAAUGUGUUGCACCAAAGUUUCGAGUGGGGAACUCUGUCAAACCCUUUGCUGCCAACUGGAAUACGGUGGAGAAUGUUAGUUUUCCAGUUACACUGGAACUGUCUGUUCUGAACACUGAAAAUAAAUUGUCUAUUUAUGUUAUAGUAUCUUAAAACAAAAGCACUAACGGGUAGAGAUGUCUUUUUUUUUUUUUUUACUAAAUGUAAUAAGAAAUACAGUUUUAGAAACUAUUAGGAGAUGACCACGUCGUUUCUAAAACAUUACCUUUUAGAAAAGGGGAGAAGAAAAGAGAAAAAGCUUUCAUUGCUACUGUUGUGUUGACAGCAAAAUACAUAAUUCCCGACUUUAUAGUUUGAAGUUUCUUUUUCUUUCAUUUCUACGCUGAUGUCUGAUCAUUCGGGGGGGAGGAACAGAAUCGCCACCAGAACAUGGGAAAUAAACAAAACUGCACAAUCAUGCAAGGUUUUAUAUUCUGAACAUGGUGGGUGUGCAAUUACAACAACAUAAAGUAUCACAGAAAAAUCAUGUCUUUCAAUGAUGAAGUGAAAUCCAAAUGAUUUGUCCUCAGGCUCCUCACAGAGUGACACAUUUCAAGCGUUCAUUUUUGCAAAUGUUAAAGAUUAUAUCACAAUAUCAGAGUGUUGCACAGAACCAAUGUGUAAAACAUCUUAAAUACAGAAAUGUUAGACAACAGUUAGAAAAUGUGACAGUGGCUUGACUUCCUCCACUGGGAGAAAAACACAUCAUUGCUAAGGAAGCAGGCAGGUCAGUGUGCUGGAAGGUUGAGUGGUAGGAAAAAGUGCGGCAGCAAAAAGAGCACAGGCCUUUGGGAUGACCGCAACCUUAAAAACAUGGUAAAAACAACGCCGGUUCAAGAGUUUUGGAUGCAGAAAUGACAUGCUGAGUCAUUUGUACUUGAUGACCAAUGGCUUGUAACUUUGGCUAAGGAAGGAAAAAAAUGACUGGACUGUUGCUCAGAUGGUCAAAUGUCCUUUAGAUGGAAAUAGAUUUUUAAUAAUCUGGAUCAGAGCCUCCAUGGCAACAGCAAUUCAAGCCAAAGUGGAUGCGGAGAAACCCAUACGACAAAAAACAUACAAAUGGAUUUUAAGUGGGAUGGCGUUUCUGAAUAAGGCAAGAAAAAUGGAAUCGAUUUUAUUGGUCUUAUAUUCUGCUUCUCUGGAUUUGGUGUUUUUACAGCCUUCGCAGUCAGAUGAUUUUAUUAAUCCAAUGGUAUUAAUUUCAGGAAUUAAAACCGUUGUACCAAAAUACAGCAAACCAGUGCAGAACAUGCACUUCAGAUGUUGGAUCUACUCAAAUAAUAGAGUCUAAACAGUUUAAUUUAACUGAAUUUAAGUUAUUUUAUGACUAAGUAUUUGUACAUUUUUUUUCCAUAUUGGAGUUUUUGACACUGAUUAAACCUGAUGU